UUACCCACAAUGCAACUCAACCACCAACCUUUAGGUCAGAGAUUUGGGUGUGUUUUGUUAGUAGCAGCUAACGUAGCCUUAGAGCUGCUGGCCUCAUGCAAAGAUGAGCGCCGAGCUACAGAAAACAGGCUCUUCAACUUGACUCUGAAGAAGCUGGUCAUGCUGAAGGAGCUGGAUAAAGACCUCACCUCUGUGGUCAUCGCCGUCAAACUGCAGGGCUCCAAGCGGAUCCUGCGCUCCAAUGAGAUCCUGCUGUCUUCAGCGGGGCCGACAGAGACCGACCUACAGCUCACCUUCUCCCUGCAGUACCCACACUUCCUGAAGAGGGACGCCAACAAGCUUCAGAUAAUGCUACAGCGACGGAAGCGAUACAAGAACCGGACCAUCCUGGGCUACAAGACCCUGGCCUUGGGACUCAUCAACAUGGCUGAGGUGAUGCAGCACCCCAGUGAGGGGGCCCAGGUCCUGGGGCUCCACAGCCAGCUGAAGGACGCCUCGGUGCCCGUCGCUGAGAUGCGAGUCUACUCCCUGUCCAGCCAGCCAAUCGACCACGAGGGACCUAAAGCAAAGAUGUCUGAUCGCUCUCCAGACAUCGACAACUACUCCGAAGAGGAGGAAGAGAGCUACUCAUCAGAACAGGAGGGCAGCGACGACCCUGUUCAUGGACAGUAUCUAUACGACGAAGAAGAGGAGGUGAGGAAGAAGAAGCCGAGGCGCAAGCUCCCUUCCAAUGCCGCCAUCACCAGA